AUGUUUAAAUGGCUAGAUAUCCACACAAUCUACGUGUCUGGUGACGAGUCUAGGCUCCGAAAGCUCAACGCAUCCCGACGAACGGCAGGCGAGAAGAUCAGUUCUGCCCUGAUUGACAGUAUCGACAGCGAUGCCCUCCGCGAGCGUGCCGAGACUCUACGCCACGGAAUGAAAUGUACCGUCACUCUUCCAGCAGCCAACCAGGCAUACUUGAACAUGGACGUCGUGGGGGGACGCAACUACCAUAGGUCAAUCGUGUUUGAAGAUGGAAAAGCCUGGCUGGCACGAUUCCGGCUGCCGAACCACAACGCACCACCGGUGGAAGAGAGAAACUUUGACCGUCGCAGCGAAUUCGCCACAUAUCGCCAUCUGGCCGAAGCUGCCAUCCCAGUUCCACGCGUCUACGAUUAUGCCGAUGACGAGGAUCCAUCCAACGCUGUUGGCGCUGGGUACAUUCUGAUCGAAAAGCUUGCGGGGAAGCCGUUGGCUUGGCACGAAGCGGAUCAAGCACAGAGGGAAAAGUUCAUGCGUCAACUAGCCGACAUUUAUACCCAGCUGGAGAAGUGUCCUCUUGCAGCAAUUGGGCGCCUGAAACCAUCAUCGUCGUCGGCAGGCCAGCCAGAAGUCGGUCCGGCAUUUUUCGAUUACGAUCCGAGUGGGCUUGCAGUGCCGCUUGGUCCAUUCGAUAAUACGGACGACUACUAUAAGGCCUUGAUCGAGCAUAGAAUUGGUCUCAUCAAGACGGGGGAGAUUGCAACAUCUGCACCUCUCGAUCAAUACCUUGUCUACAGGAGUCUCCUUGACCGCCUUCCCCAAAACGAGGAGGGUCCUUUCUUCUUGCGCCAUGUCGACUCUAGAGAUGAAAAUUUCCUAGUUGAUCCUGAAUACAACAUCACAGGCAUUAUAGACUGGGAGCUGGCCAUUGUCACGGCCAAAGGCGCGGCUUUCCAGUCGCCUCUAUUGCUGUACAACUUGGGAGAGCUAUACCAUCAAGGCCUCUCCACACCAAGCGAGGAUGAAAAACGCCUUGCUGAGAUCCUUCAGAAAGAGAACAAGUCGGACGAGCUCUUUGCGUUGGCUGCGCAGAAGCUACACUUUAGAGUCGACCAAGUGAUAGAGACGAACCCAGAGAAUGGGAACAACUUUACCAGAGUUUUCAGCGGAUGGUGGAAGGCUGCUACGGGGGAACAAGAAUUCGAUUGGGACACGUGGUAUAAGAAUGCACUGGAGAAGUAUGGCGAUGGAGGUUUUUUGCCUUCAACUGUCAGGUAA